AUGACACGUCCCACUUGGCCAUCAUUGGCUGCAGCACCGGCAAAACUAAGAGAACACUUCCUUAAGCUGCAUGGAGAUGGAAAAUACAAGAACACAACGCUCGCUGAAUUCAAGGUGAAGAGAGCUAGAUUCGAUGAAAAGGCUACUUUGCCUGUUCUCGGCUUUGUAUCCAUCAACAAACCGAUCCUCACAGCAUCGUACGAAGUUGCUUACCUGAUCGCAAAGCAGGGCAAACCACACACCAUUGGUGAAACACUCAUAAAACCAGCUGUGUUGAAGAUGGCGAAUAUCAUGCUGGGAAAAGCAGCUGAAGUUACGUUAUCCCAAAUUCCUCUUUCAAAUGACACCAUCAGCGACAGAAUAGAGGACAUGAGCAAAGACAUCUUGGCUCAAGUAGUUGCAGAUCUGAUUUCAAGCCCGGCAAAAUUCAGCCUUCAACUCGACGAGACCACAGACGUUUCCAAUCUAAGCCAGCUUGCUGUAUUCAUGCGCUAUGUGAAAGGCGACUCGAUAAAGGAAGAUUUUUUAUUUUGUAAGCCUCUUACAACAACAACUAAGGCAGCCGAUGUGAAGAAACUUGUGGAUGACUUCUUCAAAGACAACAAUCUUACGUGGGAUAUGGUUUCUGCAGUUUGUUCGGACAGAGCUCCAGUCAUGCUGGGAAGAAAGUCUGGUUUUGGUGCGCUAGUGAAAGCUGAUGCACCACACAUCAUUGUUACACAUUGUAUUCUGCACAGGCAUGCAAUGGCAACAAAAACCUUACCUCCAACACUGGCAGAAGUAUUAAAAAUUGUAGUGGAAUGUGUGAACAAUGUGCGAAAUAGUGCUCUGAGGCAUCGCAUCUUCAGUGAGCUGUGUAAAGAAAUGGGCUCUGAAUUCGAGGUACUUUUGUACCAUUCUAACAUUCGGUGGUUAUCCCAGGGACAGGUGCUGAAUCGUGUUUUUGCCCUGCGUGUGGAAUUAGCCCUGUUUUUGCAAGAGCACCAACAUUUUCAUGCAGAUUGCUUCAAAAAUUCGGAGUUCAUUCUCAUUUUAGCGUACAUGGCUGAUAUCUUCGCAGCUCUCAAUCAUCUCAAUCAACAGACGCAGGGAGGUGGAGUCAACAUCAUCGAAGCGGAAGAAAACCUGAAGGCUUUUCGAAAAAAGCUACCGUUAUGGAAACGACGAAUAGAGAACAAUAACUUUGCAAACUUUCCCCUGCUAGACGACUGUGUAUGUAAGAUCGAAGAUGUAUCUGGAAUCAGAGGCAUUUCUUUACCCGCGGAACUGAAGCAAGCAAUUGCCACGCACUUAGAUGAGCUUGCAAAGUCUCUCGACGGAUACUUCCCUACAACAUUGUCUUAUCCAGCAUGGGUGAGACAGCCGUUCACGUUCAGUGUUGAGACAACAGAUGUCAACGAUGAAUACCUCGAUGAAAUCAUUGAAAUUCAGCAGCGCCAGGUCCAGCAGCAACUCUUCAGAACAACAACGCUCUCAACGUUUUGGUGUAACAAAUGGUAA